AUGUCAUCCACAGCCGUAUAUGACGGUCCGGAACGUCAGAGCAAGGACAAUGCUGUGGAACAGUUCCAACAUGUGGAAAAUACAAAAGAGCAAAUUGAGGAAAAUCUAGUAUACGAAGAAGAGGAGGAGCCAGAACUUCAUGCGCAGACCUAUUUUGCCUUGGCUUCCAUGUUUUUACUGAACCUCGUUCAAGUUUUUGGGCUUUUAAGCCCUCCGGCUGUGCUUUCCUAUAUCGAAAAAGACCUCAACAACACUGCAGCAGGCACUUGGGUUCCCAACUCCUUAAUGCUUGUCCAGGCUGUCCUCGCUCCUCUCAUUGCGUCCCUUUCAGAUACAUUCCAAGCCAGGAAGGCAUUCCUUGUUGGUCCAGCCAUUGUCUCGUUUAUUGGCUGUGCAAUUGCCCCUGGAUCAACCAAUAUCUAUCGACUCAUAGCAGCACAGGUGCUGAUUGGAUUUGGCUUUGCGACUGUUCCGCUGGCUUAUUGCUGGGUUCAGAUGGCCCUCUGGGGCAUGACCGCGAUUGGACUUUUUGUUGGCUACAGACCUCCGAAAAGACACACUCGAUAUGAUCACCUCUCGUUCUGGCAGAAGCUUGGUCGCGUUGACCUUCCGGGCUUUUUCCUGCUCACUGCGGGAUUGGCAAUUUUCCUGACAGGGCUCAAUCUUGGGGGUGGGCUCUACACCUGGUCUAGUGCGCCGGUCUUGGCUACUCUGAUCGUAGGAAUAAUCACCUUGGUCGCAUUUGGGGUCUACGAGUGGAAAUUCACCAAGACUGGAAUUCUACAUCAUGAUCUGUUCCACGGUGGAAGAACCGGAGAGAGUGCAGGAUAUACUUUUGUUAUUUGCAUUGGGCUCAUCUUCAUUGAAGGAAUUUUGCUUUUUGCCUUCGUGAUCUUCUACCCUGUUCUAACAAAGACUUUGUUUGAAACCGACCCAUUCUUGGGAGCGGCGCGACAACUUCCCUACUGGAUUGCUUCUGCCAUCAGCACAGUGAUUUACGGCUAUUGCAGUACUAAAUUCAAGACCAUCCGCUCCCCAAUGUUUGUCGGCUUCUUUAUCUUCACUUGCGGUUUCAUCGGUCUCUCCACAAUUCAGCCCAGUAAUAACUUCAGCGCUAUGGCAUUCGUCGCUCUAGCUGGACUAGGAUUUGGUUCUCCUUUGAUCUUAGUAAUUGCCGGCGUUCAGCUCUCAACGCCACACGAUCUGAUUGCAACUGCAACAGCAGCUACGACCUGCUCUCGUGCCAUAGCUGCAGCAGUCUUCACGGCUAUAUUCUCUGCUGCAUUGAAUGCACGCCUCGACAAGUUCAUUCCUGAGUAUGUUUCCAAGGCAGCUUUACAGGCGGGACUUCCAAAGUCUUCUCUUGGAGCUUUCAUUCAAGCUCUCUCUUCCAACGACAGUUCGGCAUUGAAAGAUAUUUCUGGAGUCAACAUGCAGAUCAUAGCCUCCGGUGUCAGCGCCCUGAAGCAGGCAUAUGCUGAUGGGCUGAGGGUUGUCUUUAUCAUUGCUGUCCCAUUUGGUGUCCUGGCGUGCAUUGCUAGUCUGUUCUUGGGAGAUCUGAGGAAGGCCAUGAAUUACGGCGUCGAUGCACCGAUGGAAAACUUGCAUGCCAAGCGUCACUCACAGGCUUAG